AAUGAAAAGGGAGUGAGAUCCAAGCUUUGGGAAGACAACGAAUUUUACUCCAAGCUGAAAAACUCAGACUACAUCAGGAGCUUUUACUUUUACGACAAUUCGUGGACAAGGCCAUACAUGUCCCUCCUGGUGCAUAAAGUUUUAGACGACAACAUCAAUUUGCUUCCCUAUUAUUACAACGAUGACAUGGAAUAUGAGAAUGACACGAAUGAGGAUUACUACGAGAAGUUUGAGACCAUCGACCUUACGACGGAGAAUGAGGAAAACGAAACGGAAAGCGACGGAAGCUCUCAAGACAUGUUCAUCGUCCCAGAUAAUGAACUAAACAGGGACAUCGACAUAACGCCGAUAACAAUACCAACCAGCCAGGACAUUCACUUCUUCUCAUUGUUUAAUUGGGAGUGGACAUUCGAAGGGAACCCCAAGCGGAAUUACAACAUAAUUAACAAAAACACGUGGAAGGAGUUCAACCUGAUAUAUAAGGAGAACAUUUACGGAUGCCAGUACAUGUCUUGGGGAAAAGAGAAUAACCCCUUUAUAUACCUCUCCGAAAGGAACAAUCCGAAGAACACUUUGGACAAUUAUGACAUUAAGAAAUUAAUAAAGCAUUCUCAUGGGAAGGCAACGAAGAAGGAUGUUCUAGUAGAACAGUUCAAGCUCAAAAAUGAGCAUUUAACGAAGGCCGAUACAGAGCGGAAGUUCAAGACUUAUUUGGUGUACAAAAAGUGCGAGGACAAUAGAAAGAAAUGGAUGGCCUCGGAAGAAGGUAUUAAAUUAUUUAAGAACGAGCAACUGCUGACCAAAAUUUAUGACAUCCGCAAAAGAAAGCUAAACCUAAUUACACAAAAAAUGGAACAAGUGAAGAGACAAAAACGGAUGGACAGAGAAAAUUUAAAAAAGGAAGAGAAAAUAAAAAGGAAAGAAAAAUCAAAUCAAGAAAAAUUAGCAAGUAAGGACAACAUGAAAAAGGAAGAAUCAGUAAAGGACCCAGAAAAAUUGGAAAAGAAGGAAACGAUGACGAAGAAGGAGGUGGCAAAUAUUGUCCAAAAGAUAUCUUCAAGUAGCUCCCUGACUGUUAGCAAGAAAGUAAAGAAGUGA